CUCUUUGUAUCGAUUUGCCCCCUAUGAGGCCCCCAUUUGCCCCAAGAAACACAGACGACCUGAAUCUUUCUCUCUCAGUCGAUAUACUGCAACACCAUAAUGAAGACAGGUCUCUUUCUCUUGAUGCUGGGACUCCUCCUAGCUCACUCCCAGCAGGCACUUGGCACCUCCCAGCACCAACAGAAUGAUAUUAUUAUUGAUGGCAAGGAAACGACCAUUGGUUUGGCUUCUGCUUAUUAUCUGAGAGGACUAAUGACCACAUUGGAAAUAUUCAGCAAGAUCGUCAAAAUACUCAUCCCGGCGACCCCGGAUGAGGACAGUGAUUACUUCGACUUGAUCAGAGGAGAUGUUGAACAGGUGGUUGGUGAUUACAUUGAUCAACAUAACAUGGAUCAGCUGUUGAUCUAUAAGAGUGAUCUGGGAGUCUUGCUACAGAGAUACAUGGAAGCGCCGAAGGAAAGCUCUAGUUACCCCGACAAAAACACUGUUGCCAAUUCUCUCUCCACUUCCAUCAUUGCCAAUCGCUUUCUGGUGGAGGCAGGAGAGCGCCCGCAGUCCAUGAUCAUCCACUUUGCGGAUAUUGCUUCUAUCCACAUUUCAGUGCUCAAGGACGUGGCUGAGACAUAUAGUGAGAGCAAAGUUGUGUCUCAGUGGUGGGUCGACUUAAACGACCAAUUAGCUCACUAUAUAGACCAUGGCAGGAAGCUUCAAGACAAUAUGGUUGAUUGGAGAAAUGAUAUGAUGCUGUGUGAGUAUGAUGAAGGCAGAUACUAUGACACUUGGACGGUGACUGAUCAAGUGACUAAUAUUAAUGAUGUCUGCACCCAAGUUCACGAUACACACAGCUGUGAUAACCACUGCCAAGCUUAUCAGAUCAAUAUGAACAGGGAAGUGUCAGUGUUCAUCUGGCACUAUAUGGGCAAGAGUGUACGUGAAUGGGAAUUACUCAAGAUCAAGGCAGCUCAAUUGGCAGCCAGAGCACAAAGCUAAGAUGGUCAAGAUACCAGACGUCAGCCCCUCAUCUUGUGCCAUAGAGACGUCAGCAGUUGCCAUAAACACGUCAACAGUUGCCAUAGAUAGCGCCAUCAGUUGCCAUAGAUAGCGCCAUCAGUUGCCACAGAUAUCAUCAGUUGACCAUAAAAACGUCAUCAGUUGCCAUAAAGACAGAAGUCAUCAGUUGAGAUAAAGACACGUCAUCAGAUACCAUAAAUAUAAAAAAAUA